AUGCUGCACGUCGACGAGGCCGGAAACCACUGGUCCUACCACCUCUUCAAGUACGGCAAGAACAAGGAUGGUUAUUGGACUGGCCUCAAGAUGCUUGACCACAAGUCGGAUGUCCUCGACAUGGUGACCGUCCUUUACCCUGAGCACAAGCCCGUGGGCCUGUUCGACUGGUCUUCAUGCCACGACUGCAAGGAGGUUGGCGCGCCAAUGGUUUCGAGGAUGAACUUGGGCGUAGGUGGAACGAGGAAGGGGGAGGAGCUAGCCCCGAUGGAUCCCGUGGCAUGUUACACCGUCAAAGAGGAGAAGUACCGGCCGAUCGACAUGCUGCACGUCGACGAGGCCGGAAACCACUGGUCCUACCACCUCUUCAAGUACGGCAAGAACAAGGAUGGUUAUUGGACUGGCCUCAAGAUGCUUGACCACAAGUCGGAUGUCCUCGACAUGGUGACCGUCCUUUACCCUGAGCACAAGCCCGUGGGCCUGUUCGACUGGUCUUCAUGCCACGACUGCAAGGAGGUUGGCGCGCCAAUGGUUUCGAGGAUGAACUUGGGCGUAGGUGGAACGAGGAAGGGGGAGGAGCUAGCCCCGAUGGAUCCCGUGGUAAUUCUGGAAGACACCCCGUUGCUCAAGAAAGGCACGGUACAGCACUUGGUAUUUCAACGCGGGGACGACCCGCCCUUCGCUUCUCCGGAUCUCCUACCGGCGGAGUACGAGGGCAAGCUCAAGGGGAUGCGCCAGAUCUUGGCAGAGAGAGGCCUUCUGAAGAAAGGCAUGUCGAGGAUGGGAGGCACGGGCGAGAACAAGGAUCUGAGCAUGAGCAUGGAGCAUGUUCUUGGAGAGCAGAAGGACCCUAAGGAAGUUGAAUCUAGUCUGGUGUUGUUGAUGGCGCGCCACGGCGGGAUCUGCUUGAUGCUUCCGAAUCACUGCGAGUGCAACCCUAUCAAGCUCGUUUGGGGCCGUGCCAAGCAGUGGACGCGCAAGAACUGCACGUAUUCCUUGGAAUGCUUGCGCAAAAACGUGCCGCUGAGCUUUAAAGCAGAAAAGGAUAGGCAGGCCGAAAAGUAG